CCAGGUGUACAGCGAAUGAUGCGAGUGCGGGAAACCUCUAUUCUCGUCGGGAUGCGAAUAUUACGGCAUCGAGUGGUAAUAAUAAUCGUGAACUUGCGAUGGGCGGCGGCGAGAAGCAACGUCGCGAUCAGCCAGAGCUGGAACCGACGAUUCGCAACGGAUAAACGGCCCUGAGCAGAGCGAAACGCAGACAAACACGCGCUGUAGUUCUAGAUGGUUAUACAAUAUCGCUGAUACCGGUGUUUGCGCGUGCUCUGUCGACCAGCGUACGUGUGCGCGAGUAUGCUCGGCGUUUCUCGGUACGAGGAAAAAAGAGAGGGAAAAAAUGGGCGAGGAGAGCGAAGAGGUAAACGCGAAACGGAAGAAAAAGGGUAAACAGGCGAUUCGAGGUGAAUUGUCCUUAAAGAGGAUCGGCAAGACGGAGACACGAUGCGGGCAAAGAGGGACGAGGACGACGCGGCCGACCCGGUUUGGGAAGAAGAAGAAGAGGAGAAGAAGAGAGGAAGAGAGUAUCUCGGCUACCCACACGAGCACGGUGCACAAUAAGAAUCGGGUAGAAGGAUCGUGUACACGCACACCAGCGAGCGAGUACGCGGUAACAUCCCACGCCGGGGGACACGCGAGAGAAAAGUAGGGAGACCGGAUCGGCAGUUCUCCAGGCAAUGGUAGCGACGGAGAGCAACGGUGCACCGUGUGGUCACUAGGCCCAGCGAGCCAUCGUCGAUGCCACAUCGACUCGCGGUACCGGACCGAGAACAUCGAAACGAACCUUUUCUCCCGCGUUUUACCACUUCGAAACGUUCUGCACCGAGAGUUACAGACUACACGCGCGUACGAGCACGCGUACAAGCACGCGCACGAGAGAGAUCGAGAGAAACGGAGCAACGGGGAUAGAGUGAGAAAGCCGAAGAGUGUGUAUAAUCGUCGGAAUACAGGUAUAUACGUAUAUAUACAGGAGCCUUCAGGGACGAAGAGGAACGAGUUUGCGAACGGGGCAGGUCGUGGUGAAGCUUCAGUCCGGCUCGAGAGAUCGCCGGUUAACGAGUCGCGUGUUUCCCACCGUAAACGUUACGGUAGUUUUCGGUUUCGCUGCCAUCUCGCCGGUUUCAGUGCGCGACGACAAUCGCGAGUUUGGAUCCCGAGGGCAGCCUCGCGCGUUGCAUUCGCAUGAGAGAUCGGCACGAGGUCGUGAUCUCGAGCGCAAAAGUGAGUCGGAAUGACUGUACACGAGAAGACGAGUGGAAAGAGCAAGGGGACGGCGAAGGAAGUCGCCACGACUUCCUCCAGUUCCUCCGAUAAGACGACCGUCGAGACGGUCGAGGUCGUGUCGUCGACGAGCGUGGUCGAGGAAGCGAGACAGACCAUGGAGAGCGAGUCUAGGAGCAGCGUGAUGGAGAUGACCAGCGCUAGUCGCGAGGUCAUCAUGGAUUCGAAGGGUAACGUGAUCAAGGUCAUCGAGUCUGCACCGCAGACCGUGGGUCAAACCUCGUCUACGUACAGAACGGGCAAAACUUCUCAGGACUUGAUAGCGCAGGAACAGACGCAGUCGGUGAAACAGGGUAAAAUCGUGCGCGACAGUCCACGGAACAUCAAGGACGUCGAGGUAUAUACGGAUGACCAGCGUGGAGAGACGUUGGGACGAGUCAGUAGGUUAUCCGAAACGCAGAGUCGCAGCGAGUCGCGAGCGGAGACUGUUGAAAAAUCCAUGUCGUCUACCACGGUAGUGGAGACGUCGUCGUCGAUGGAGGAUCACUACGAUCAUCUGUCCAAGACCAUGAUCUCCAACGGGACCAUGAACGGGGAGCAUACUCCGAAAGUGCAGUCCUCGUCGAAAUCGUACGAGAGCAGACAGGCCAGCAAGGAGACGUACGAGGCGAAGACCAAGGACGGACAAACGAUCGCGAAUAGCACGAAGAUUCGCGAAUCCGGUGAGAAGCUAGACGACAAUGGGAGAGUGACCGCCUCUCAGAGUCGCAGCGUCGACAACGAGACCACGGUCGUGCCCUCGGACGUAGGUCGGGUUAAACAUACGGAUGACGUCAAGACCGCGACUAACAAGGUCAUCCUCGAUUCUUCCUCUAGCACCGCCGUGAGUGAAAGCACCGCGAAGAGCAGCGUAAAAGCGGACAAAAUUAGCGAAGUUGUCACGCGGUGCAACAAGCCCGGACAGUCUACGUGGGAUGGCACGUUUAUUAGCGAAAGUCCGCCAUCGGCUAAAGACAAGAAUAUCUCGAGGAACGUCGAGACGUCUCGAACAGACCGAGACAGCCCUGACAGGGCAAGAGUGGAUCGGUUGGUUUCAAAAAUCAACGCCGAUAAUAUGCAGGAGAGCACGUCGAGCGUUGAAGUCUCUGAGUUUCAGAGUUCGGUUAUCGAUCAGCGCUCGUCGUCCACCUCGACCACGUCGAAAAUCGUCAUCGACCAGGGUCGAAGUACCUCGAGCAACCUGGAGAGCUUCGAUCGGAACGUCUCCUCGAUCGCUCGCGAACACGUUUCCACGGACGCGAUCGAUUUCGCCGGAGGACAGAAGCAGGUUACGACGGAAGUGCAGCCGAAGGGAACGACCCGGUACACGAAACCCGGGGAGUCCACGUGGGACGGCACCUUUGUGACCGAGAAGGCACGAGAGCCACGGAAGAGGAACGUUUCCGAUGCCUCCGUGUUUUAUCAUCCUGGCGGAGACAACGUGAUGGAAUCGACGCAGAGGACGGAUUUCCAGGAAAAGAGUUUGGAUGGGAGCUACGAGAAGAAAUCCUCGAACGUGGUCCACGUGAUGCAGGGUGGCACGGAUUCUUCGCGGUUCGUGUCCGAGGAACGUAGAAACGCCUGGGAGGAGUACUACGUGGAUGGAACACCUGUUGGCAAAACGGACACCGCGGGCGACAAAUUUCCUCCGGCACGGAGAGUCGCGAGACCAGGAGAAUCCGCGUGGAACGGACAGUUCGUUUACGAGAAGCCGCAGGAUGGCAGCAAGAGAUCGUCGGUGGAGAAAACGGUAGUGAGAACCAGCGACGGAAGACACGGUUCCGUGGACGUGCAAGACGUGACGGAGGAGCAGAACGUCUCCAACAUGGAGUCCGUUUCCUCGUCCUACGUCGUGGAAUACGCGAGCUCCAGCGACGAGAGGAGAAAGACCAGCGAGAAGGUGACCUCGGUCUCUGAAAUCAUACACGAAGAAGACUUGGCAGAUGGCGCGUCCCCGCGUCGACCUACGAGUCCGGAGAAAUCGGCAAGGCGAGACACGACGACGCAGAAUUACAAGCCUGGUCAGUCUACGUGGGACGGCAGCUUCGUCUAUGAAAAACCGCAAACGCCUGAUGCUCAGCGGAAACCGGACGCUCGAAGGACGACCGACACUAUUGCCAUCCGCGACGUCACGGAUGACAAUUCGAUAAACGAGGCGGAAAUCUCGACAGCGUCCUACGUGGUCGAGCACUCGUCCAGUCAGCAGAGUUUCACGGAUAUCAGGGACUCUAGCCUAUCCUCCGUGCACGAGACGAUCGUAUACGACGUGCAACCGGUAAGGCAGGAUGGUCCAUCGAGCAGAUCGGGGACUCCCGAGAAGACACCGAAAGAUAGAGACGCCAGGGUUACCAAACCCGGUUCGUCGACCUGGGACGGGACGUUCGUCAUGGAGAGAUCGCCAGAGGCGAGGAGACCGCCCAGCAGAGAGUCCGUCGGCGAUAGAUCGAUCGAUAAGAUCCGACCCGAGCCCAGAGAGAGUCCCGUGCCGAGAUCGAGGAAGCACGUCAGCGAUACCACCCUGGAUAUCCGUGACACGGCUCAGCGAGUAUCCAGCAGCUCGGAAGUGUUCAGCAAUUCCUUCGUAAUGGAGCAAUCCACUUCGCACGAGAGUUACUCGGACUCGUCGAACGUGGACUACUCCACGAGCUCCGUGGAAACGGUGAUCGUCCGCGACGGCGUCCCGACGACCGUGCAAAAGUCCGUGAGGAUCGAGGAGCCGCCCAAGACUCCCGAGAAGAAGCCACUGGACCGCAAAGGGUAUCAGCCGCAAGCGGAAGACUCCGAGUCACCCGAGAAACGUGCCAAGAGUCCCGGCAAGAUCGACAGCUCUGUUCGACCCACGAAACCCGGUGCUUCGACCUGGGACGGUUCGUUCGUGUACGAAAAACCCGUCGAAAAGCCGGCAGACGUAGCGCGUCAUCCGGAUAAGCGAGCUCCGACUCAGACGUCGCCGACAGAUGCUGGAAUGUUACCAGAGGACAAACAACCGACUUACAUAACGGAAAAAUCGAUCACCCUGUCGGACACCUCGAGGGAGAGUUCCGAAUUCGUCAGUUCGACCACGCUCGAGCGAACCCUAGUCUCGGACUCCGAGGUCUUCGACUCGACCAAGGUCUCCACGACUCUGGUUCGCGACAUCGACGACAAGAAGCGUCUCACCGAAAAAGGACAAUUUCCCCCAGAGUCCCCCAAGUCAGCCACUAGGAAAGAACCCGUGGACGACAGAAGAUCCCCGGAAAAAAGUCCCCUAGACAGGUCUGCGAGACCGAGCAAACCAGGUGCGUCCACUUGGGAUGGUUCGUUCGUGUACGAGAAACCGCAAGAUCAGAAGAAGCAGCCGGCUGAUCGAGAGAAGAGACCGACGGAUCAGGGAAGGAGAGGAUCGAGGUCUCCGACUGGAGACGAAGCUAAGGUAGAGAAACCGGGUGCCGUGGUGCCAAGAGACGACACCACGAAAGUCUCCGUGGUGACCCUGGACGUGUCGGACGUGCGGGACCGGAAGGACACCACGGACGUGGACGUGGUCCAGCGGUCGUCUUACGUGAUCGAUCAGUCGUCCAGAUUCACCUCGGUGCAGGACGUUCGCGACGUGGUGGAGGAGCGUGUCAUCAGCGAAUUCACGACGGAUACGCGUAAAGACGUGAGGGAUGUCACCGAGUCGACGAGCGAAUUCAUCGACAGAGAGCAGGUGACUAGCAUGGUAGCGCGGGAUGUCGUUGAUGACACCAGGUUCGACAGGUACUUCGGCCCCACUCUCGCGUCUCCGAAAGACUCGCCGGAGCGACCCGGGUAUCCGCGAGGAAUACCUGGACUGCGGGAAGACGAUCGACCGAAACCGAUUCCGGCGGCUGGCAAGCCGAGUCGACCUUCUCAGCGAGAACAGAGUCCCGGAGAGACGACAAGAUCGACUGGCCCCAGGCCACAGUCCCCGGGCAAGCCUCGCGAUUAUGUCUCCCCUACAAGGAAGCCUUUACCCGCGGCAGGGAAACCGAGUCGCCCGGAGGAGCGACCUGGCAAGGCACCGCGUCCCGACGAAACGGCGCCAGGCGUCGACAAACCGGCGCGACCCGACGAGAGACCAAAGGGACCCGAUGAAAGGCCAGCCGCUGGAAAACCGAGCAGACCCGAGGACAAACCGUGGAGACCUGAAGAGAAACCGAGGAGAGGAGACCAGACGCCCGAUUCUCUCGACGGGGACGACGUCCAACCAACGAAGCUACCCGAUAUCCUGUCAAAGAUCCCUCUGAAGGAGCAAUGCAUCUGCGAACUAUGCACUUGCGGCCGACAUCGUUGCCCUCAUAAUCUGCCUCAAGAUCAUCUGGAGAUACCACGAGGCGAGCCGGUGCACGCGGUGUCAUCCUAUCGGCAGGAAUUCGAUGAAAAGCACGUGGACAAGCAGACGGUGUACCAUCAUGAGGACCAUCUUCGCAUGGAAGGAGACUUCAUCGGAGAGCGGCGAACGGACUACGUGGCGACGAGGGGCGAGAGGGCCCCGGUGCGGAAGCCGCAGGACAACCUGAGACCAGAGGGUGAGUUUGUCGGCAGACCCAGAGAGGAAGCUCCGACGAGAGGCGAAAAGGCGCCGGUGAAAAAGCCGCAGGAUAAUUUGAAGCCGGAAGGCGAGUUCAUUGGAAGACCCAGAGAGGAAGCUCCGAAGUAUGGAGACCGGGCACCGGUCAGGAGACCCCAGGAUAAUCUUCGACCUGAAGGAACAUUCGACGGUACGACCACCACGGAGCUGGUGUUCACCGGAACCCCCGGCGAACGUCCAAGCCCGGUACGUCGCAACACUUAUACCAAGGUCGAGGGUGAAUUCAUCGACGCGACCACCACGAGAUCCGAGUACGUGGAUCAUCGAACCGUCCAGCGCGCCGAGAUCAUCAAACGUACGGAUAACCUCACAGUGGGAGAGGGUGAAUUCACGGGUACCUCUCGUCUCAAGGAGGAUUUCCACACGUACGACAUCGUUGAGAGAGAACCUCGACGACGACUCACCUACAACGACGAGGAUGAUCGAUUUUACAGCAAGACCGAUAUCGUGGAAAGUACCACGACAACGCAGGAACAGUAUCGAAGUUUCGAUCAAACUGAUUACAGAAGCACCGCCGUGUUCAGACGGGACGACAAUUUGAGACCAGAAGGUCCGUUUGAAGGUGUGCCGCACACCAAGGACGACUAUCUAGUACCGGCGAUUACUAGGAGACCGGAACCGCAAAAGCCCAAGGAUAAUUUGCGGCCCGAGGGGACGUUCGAGGGCAGGCCGAAGGACGAUUACAAACCGACCUGGGGAGAGAGGGCGGACGUGAAGAGACCGCAGGAUAACUUGAAACCCGAAGGACCGUUUGAAGGACGACCCAAAGAUGAUUACUCGCCGAAACGCGGAGAACGUCCGGAAGUUAAGAGACCCGAAGACAACUUGAGACCGGAAGGACUUUUCGAAGGUAGACCUAAAGACGAUUAUAAACCGACUAGAGGAGAUAGGGCUGAUGUUAAGAGACCGGAAGACAAUCUGAGACCAGAGGGACCAUUCGAAGGUCGUCCCAAGGAUGACUUCAUGCCGAAAAUUGCUGAACGACCAGAAGUAAAGAGACCACAGGACAAUUUGAGACCCGAAGGACCAUUCGAAGGCCGUCCGAAGGACGAUUACUUGCCAACGAGAGGAGAAAGAGCCGACGUUAAACGGCCCGAAGAUAAUCUAAGAUCCGAAGGACCGUUCGUAGGUCGUCCAAAGGACGACUAUUCUCCAAAGAGAGCAGAUCGUCCGGAAGUAAAGAGACCGCAAGAUAAUUUGAGACCCGAGGGACCUUUCGAAGGUAGACCUAAAGACGAUUAUUCUCCGAAACGUGGAGAACGUCCGGAAGUUAAGAGACCUGAAGACAACUUGAGACCGGAAGGACCUUUCGAAGGUAGACCCAAGGACGAUUAUAAACCGACUAGAGGAGACAGGGCUGAUGUUAAAAGACCUGAAGAUAAUUUGAGACCAGAGGGACCAUUCGAAGGUCGACCCAAGGACGACUUCGCUCCUAAAACUGCUGAACGGCCAGAAGUAAAAAGACCGCAGGACAAUUUGCGACCCGAAGGAGUGUUCGAAGGACGGCCCAAAGAUGAUUACUCGCCGAAACGCGGAGAACGACCCGAGGUUAAAAGACCAGAAGAUAAUCUACGACCAGAGGGACCAUUCGAAGGUCGACCUAAAGACGAUUACUCCCCCAAACGUGGCGAGCGUCCAGAAGUUAAGAGGCCUGAGGAUAACCUAAGACCAGAGGGACCAUUCGAAGGACGUCCAAAAGACGACUAUCUGCCGAAACGCGGUGAACGUCCAGAAGUUAAAAGACCCGAGGAUAACUUGCGACCCGAAGGACCUUUCGAAGGUAGACCCAAGGACGAUUAUAAACCGACCAGAGGAGACAGAGCUGAUGUUAAAAGACCUGAAGAUAAUUUGAGACCAGAGGGACCAUUCGAAGGUCGUCCCAAGGAUGACUUCAUGCCGAAAAUUGCUGAACGUCCGGAAGUAAGGAGACCACAGGACAAUUUGAGACCAGAAGGCCUAUUCGAAGGUCGUCCGAAGGACGAUUACGUACCAACGAGAGGAGAAAGAGCCGACGUUAAACGACCCGAAGAUAAUUUAAGACCCGAAGGGCCGUUCGAAGGUCGUCCGAAGGACGACUACUCUCCAAAGAGAGCGGAUCGUCCGGAAGUAAAGAGACCGCAAGAUAAUUUGAGACCCGAAGGACCGUUCGAAGGUCGCCCGAAGGACGAUUACAUGCCAACGAGAGGAGAACGUGCCGACGUUAAACGGCCCGAAGAUAAUCUAAGACCCGAAGGACCGUUCGAAGGUCGUCCGAAGGACGACUACUCUCCAAAGAGAGCGGAUCGUCCGGAAGUAAAGAGACCGCAAGAUAAUUUGAGACCCGAAGGACCGUUCGAAGGUCGCCCGAAGGACGAUUACAUGCCAACGAGAGGAGAACGUGCCGACGUUAAACGGCCCGAAGAUAAUCUAAGACCCGAAGGACCGUUCGAAGGUCGUCCGAAGGACGACUACACUCCAAAGAGUGCCGAACGUCCGGAAUUAAAGAGACCUCAAGACAAUUUGAGACCCGAAGGUCCGUUCGAAGGACGUCCAAAGGACGAUUUCUUACCGAAACGUGGCGAGAGACCAGAAGUUAAGCGUCCAGAGGACAACCUGAGACCCGAAGGACCGUUCGAAGGCCGAUCCAAGGACGAUUACAAACCUACCAGAGGCGAAAGAGCUGAUGUGAAGAGACCGGAAGACAAUCUGAGACCGGAAGGUCCGUUCGAAGGUCGCCCGAAGGACGACUACUCGCCGAAACGCGGAGAACGUCCUGAAGUUAAGAGACCCGAAGAUAACUUGAGGCCCGAAGGACCUUUCGAAGGUAGACCCAAGGACGACUAUAAGCCGACCAGAGGCGAGAGGGCUGACGUUAAGAGACCUGAAGACAAUUUGAGACCAGAGGGACCAUUCGAAGGUCGACCAAAGGACGAUUUUACGCCGAAAACUGCUGAACGGCCAGAAGUAAAAAGACCACAGGAUAAUUUGAGACCUGAAGGGCUAUUCGAAGGCCGUCCGAAGGACGAUUUUACACCUAAAACUGCGGAACGUCCGGAGGUGAAGAGGCCGCGGGACAAUCUUCGUCCUGAGGGACAGUUUGAAGACCGGCCUAGGGAGGAGUACACUCCCGGUGAGAAACGUACACCUAUCAAACAUCCUGAUAACCUCUAUCCAGAAGGAGAAUUCGAAAGGCCAAUGGUUAUUCCUUAUGGGCCUGGUGAAAGACUAUCCAUCGUACGACAUCCUGAUAAUCUAUUCCCUGAAGGCGAAUUCCCAGACAGGGAACGUACUCCAUUCACCCCAGCAGAGCGUAGAACGCCUAUCAAACACGACGAUAACCUCCGUUCCGAGGGUCCAUUCGAAGGUCGUCCAAAGGACGAUUUCUCCCCGAAGACAGCCGAACGUCCCGAAGUACGAAAACCUCGAGACAAUUUACAACCCGAAGGUGAGUUCGAGAGACCAGAGAAACCCAAGUAUGGCCCGGCAGAGAGACGUACUCCAAUUAAACAUCCGGAUAACCUUCGUCCCGAAGGAGACUUCGAUAGACCCGAUUACGAAGAGUAUCGACCAGCGGAGAGGCCUGAGGUGAAGAAACCCAAGGACAAUCUGAGGCCAGAAGGUGAUUUCGAACGUCCUAGUCCUGAGAAGUUCGGUCCAGCGGAAAGGAGAACCCCGAUUAAACAUCCGGACAAUCUGAAACCAGAAGGAGAAUUCGUUGGCAAGCCCAAGGAAGACUUCACUCCUACCAAAGGGGACAGAGCUGUCGUCAAAAGACCAGAGGACAAUCUGCGACCAGAGGGUCCGUUCGAAGGUCGUCCAAAGGACGAUUAUCAACCGGUCCGUGGUGAACGCGUGGAGGUUGUCAAACGCACCGACAACCUUCGAAUGGAAGGAGACAUCGAAACCUAUAGAUCCAGGGACGAGUACACGGACUUCCUAAUUCGCGAGAGGACCGAGGUGACAAAGUACCAGGACAACCUGCGUAUGGAAGGUGAAUUUACCGACGUUAGAACGAGGGACGAUUUUAAGGUCGUGAGAGGCGAACGAGUUGACAUCGUGAAGCAUCCUGACAAUCUGAGACCAGAGGGACCCUUCGAAGGUCGUCCCAAGGAUGAUUAUUCUCCCAAGAGAGCAGAGAGGCCGGAGGUGAAGAGACCCGAGGAUAACCUGAAACCAGAAGGAGAGUUCAUUGGUAGACCAAGAGAAGAAGCACCCAAACACGGAGAGAGGGCACCUAUCAAGAAGCCUAAGGAUAAUCUAAGACCCGAGGGAGAAUUCGACAGACCAGAGAAGCAGCCUGUUGGUCCAGCCGAGAGGAGAACGCCUAUCAAGCACGAGGAUAAUCUAAAACCAGAGGGUGAAUUCGAGAGACCCAGACCGGAAGAGUUCAAGCCUGCCGAGAGGCCGAUCGUUAAGAAACCGACUGACAAUCUGAAACCGGAAGGCGACUUCCUUGGUCGACCAAAAGAAGAGGCACCGCGAAGAGGCGAGAGAGCCGAUGUGAAGAAGCCAAAGGACAACCUCUAUCCUGAAGGAGAAUUCCAGGUUCCAGAGAGGAAACCCAUUGGCCCAGCAGAGCGGAGAACACCGAUCAAACACGCUGACAAUCUAAGACCCGAAGGUGACUUCGAGAGGCCAGAACCUGAGGAAUUCAGACCGGCUGAGAGACCAAUUGCGAAGAAGCCUCAAGAUAACUUGAAACCCGAGGGAGAAUUUAUUGGACGACCAAAGGAGGACACGCCGACCAGAGGAGAAAGAGCCGAUGUCAAGAGGCCGGAAGACAAUCUGAAACCAGAGGGCACUUUCGACAGACCGGAGAGGAAACCGUUUGGCCCAGCAGAGAAACGUACUCCGAUAAAGCAUCCCGACAACUUGAAACCAGAAGGCGAAUUCGAACGACCGGAACACGAAGGCUACAGACCUGCCGAGAGACCAGAAGUGAAGAAACCCAAGGACAACUUGAAACCCGAGGGAGAGUUCGACAGGCCUCAGCCGAAGAAGAUCGGUCCGGCUGAGAAGAGAACGCCUAUCAAGCAUCCGGAUAACCUGAAACCGGAAGGUGACUUCGUGGGAAAACCAAAGGAAGAAGCACCUAAACUAGGAGAACGCGCGGAUGUGAAGAGACCGCAGGAUAAUCUCCGUCCGGAAGGCGACUUCGACAGACCAGAAAAGUCCCCGGUUAAACCUGCCGAGAAACGAACUCCGAUUAAACACCCUGACAAUCUCAAACCAGAAGGGGACUUCGUUGGAAGGCCCAAGGACGAUUACAAACCUACCAGAGGAGAACGCGCGGAUGUCAAGAGACCCGAGGACAACCUCAAACCCGAAGGGCCUUUCGAAGGUCGUCCGAAGGACGACUACUCUCCAAAGAGAGCGGAUCGUCCGGAAGUAAAGAGACCGCAAGAUAAUUUGAGACCUGAAGGACCGUUCGAAGGUCGCCCGAAGGACGAUUACAUGCCAACGAGAGGAGAACGUGCCGACGUUAAACGGCCCGAAGAUAAUCUAAGACCCGAAGGACCGUUCGAAGGUCGUCCGAAGGACGACUACUCUCCAAAGAGAGCGGAUCGUCCGGAAGUAAAGAGACCGCAAGAUAAUUUGAGACCCGAAGGACCGUUCGAAGGUCGCCCGAAGGACGAUUACAUGCCAACGAGAGGAGAACGUGCCGACGUUAAACGGCCCGAAGAUAAUCUAAGACCCGAAGGACCGUUCGAAGGUCGUCCGAAGGACGACUACACUCCAAAGAGUGCCGAACGUCCGGAAUUAAAGAGACCUCAAGACAAUUUGAGACCCGAAGGUCCGUUCGAAGGACGUCCAAAGGACGAUUUCUUACCGAAACGUGGCGAGAGACCAGAAGUUAAGCGUCCAGAGGACAACCUGAGACCCGAAGGACCGUUCGAAGGCCGAUCCAAGGACGAUUACAAACCUACCAGAGGCGAAAGAGCUGAUGUGAAGAGACCGGAAGACAAUCUGAGACCGGAAGGUCCGUUCGAAGGUCGCCCGAAGGACGACUACUCGCCGAAACGCGGAGAACGUCCUGAAGUUAAGAGACCCGAAGAUAACUUGAGGCCCGAAGGACCUUUCGAAGGUAGACCCAAGGACGACUAUAAGCCGACCAGAGGCGAGAGGGCUGACGUUAAGAGACCUGAAGACAAUUUGAGACCAGAGGGACCAUUCGAAGGUCGACCAAAGGACGAUUUUACGCCGAAAACUGCUGAACGGCCAGAAGUAAAAAGACCACAGGAUAAUUUGAGACCUGAAGGGCUAUUCGAAGGCCGUCCGAAGGACGAUUUUACACCUAAAACUGCGGAACGUCCGGAGGUGAAGAGGCCGCGGGACAAUCUUCGUCCUGAGGGACAGUUUGAAGACCGGCCUAGGGAGGAGUACACUCCCGGUGAGAAACGUACACCUAUCAAACAUCCUGAUAACCUCUAUCCAGAAGGAGAAUUCGAAAGGCCAAUGGUUAUUCCUUAUGGGCCUGGUGAAAGACUAUCCAUCGUACGACAUCCUGAUAAUCUAUUCCCUGAAGGCGAAUUCCCAGACAGGGAACGUACUCCAUUCACCCCAGCAGAGCGUAGAACGCCUAUCAAACACGACGAUAACCUCCGUUCCGAGGGUCCAUUCGAAGGUCGUCCAAAGGACGAUUUCUCCCCGAAGACAGCCGAACGUCCCGAAGUACGAAAACCUCGAGACAAUUUACAACCCGAAGGUGAGUUCGAGAGACCAGAGAAACCCAAGUAUGGCCCGGCAGAGAGACGUACUCCAAUUAAACAUCCGGAUAACCUUCGUCCCGAAGGAGACUUCGAUAGACCCGAUUACGAAGAGUAUCGACCAGCGGAGAGGCCUGAGGUGAAGAAACCCAAGGACAAUCUGAGGCCAGAAGGUGAUUUCGAACGUCCUAGUCCUGAGAAGUUCGGUCCAGCGGAAAGGAGAACCCCGAUUAAACAUCCGGACAAUCUGAAACCAGAAGGAGAAUUCGUUGGCAAGCCCAAGGAAGACUUCACUCCUACCAAAGGGGACAGAGCUGUCGUCAAAAGACCAGAGGACAAUCUGCGACCAGAGGGUCCGUUCGAAGGUCGUCCAAAGGACGAUUAUCAACCGGUCCGUGGUGAACGCGUGGAGGUUGUCAAACGCACCGACAACCUUCGAAUGGAAGGAGACAUCGAAACCUAUAGAUCCAGGGACGAGUACACGGACUUCCUAAUUCGCGAGAGGACCGAGGUGACAAAGUACCAGGACAACCUGCGUAUGGAAGGUGAAUUUACCGACGUUAGAACGAGGGACGAUUUUAAGGUCGUGAGAGGCGAACGAGUUGACAUCGUGAAGCAUCCUGACAAUCUGAGACCAGAGGGACCCUUCGAAGGUCGUCCCAAGGAUGAUUAUUCUCCCAAGAGAGCAGAGAGGCCGGAGGUGAAGAGACCCGAGGAUAACCUGAAACCAGAAGGAGAGUUCAUUGGUAGACCAAGAGAAGAAGCACCCAAACACGGAGAGAGGGCACCUAUCAAGAAGCCUAAGGAUAAUCUAAGACCCGAGGGAGAAUUCGACAGACCAGAGAAGCAGCCUGUUGGUCCAGCCGAGAGGAGAACGCCUAUCAAGCACGAGGAUAAUCUAAAACCAGAGGGUGAAUUCGAGAGACCCAGACCGGAAGAGUUCAAGCCUGCCGAGAGGCCGAUCGUUAAGAAACCGACUGACAAUCUGAAACCGGAAGGCGACUUCCUUGGUCGACCAAAAGAAGAGGCACCGCGAAGAGGCGAGAGAGCCGAUGUGAAGAAGCCAAAGGACAACCUCUAUCCUGAAGGAGAAUUCCAGGUUCCAGAGAGGAAACCCAUUGGCCCAGCAGAGCGGAGAACACCGAUCAAACACGCUGACAAUCUAAGACCCGAAGGUGACUUCGAGAGGCCAGAACCUGAGGAAUUCAGACCGGCUGAGAGACCAAUUGCGAAGAAGCCUCAAGAUAACUUGAAACCCGAGGGAGAAUUUAUUGGACGACCAAAGGAGGACACGCCGACCAGAGGAGAAAGAGCCGAUGUCAAGAGGCCGGAAGACAAUCUGAAACCAGAGGGCACUUUCGACAGACCGGAGAGGAAACCGUUUGGCCCAGCAGAGAAACGUACUCCGAUAAAGCAUCCCGACAACUUGAAACCAGAAGGCGAAUUCGAACGACCGGAACACGAAGGCUACAGACCUGCCGAGAGACCAGAAGUGAAGAAACCCAAGGACAACUUGAAACCCGAGGGAGAGUUCGACAGGCCUCAGCCGAAGAAGAUCGGUCCGGCUGAGAAGAGAACGCCUAUCAAGCAUCCGGAUAACCUGAAACCGGAAGGUGACUUCGUGGGAAAACCAAAGGAAGAAGCACCUAAACUAGGAGAACGCGCGGAUGUGAAGAGACCGCAGGAUAAUCUCCGUCCGGAAGGCGACUUCGACAGACCAGAAAAGUCCCCGGUUAAACCUGCCGAGAAACGAACUCCGAUUAAACACCCUGACAAUCUCAAACCAGAAGGGGACUUCGUUGGAAGGCCCAAGGACGAUUACAAACCUACCAGAGGAGAACGCGCGGAUGUCAAGAGACCCGAGGACAACCUCAAACCCGAAGGGCCUUUCGAAGGUCGUCCCAAGGACGACUUCGUUCCUGUUCGUGGCGAACGAGUGGACAUCGUCAAACGUACAGACAACUUGCGAAUGGAAGGCAACAUCGAGACUUACAGGUCCAGGGACGAGUACACCGACUUCCUGAUUCGCGAGAGGACGGAGGUCACCAAGUACCAGGACAACCUGCGUAUGGAAGGCGAGUUCACAGACGUCAGAACCAGGGACGACUUUAAGGUCGUAAAGGGAGAUCGCAUGGACGUCGUGAAACAUCGAGACAACUUGAAGCCUGAGGGUCCGUUCGAGGGUCGUCCCAAGGACGAUUACUCGCCCAAGAAGGCAGAGAGGCCGGAGAUCAAGAAACCGGAAGACAACCUGAAACCCGAGGGAGAGUUCGACAGACCCGAGAAGAAACCCGUUGGACCAGCUGAGAGACGUUCACCUAUCAAGCACGAUGACAAUUUGAAACCGGAAGGCGAAUUUAUAGGCCGCCCGAAGGAGCAGGCGCCGAAGAAGGGCGAGAGGGCAGACGUGAAGAAGCCUAAGGACAAUUUGAAACCGGAAGGCACGUUCGACAGGCCAGAGAAGAAACCGGUCGGUCCAGCCGAGAGGAGAAGUCCGAUUAAGCAUCCGGAUAACCUGCGUCCAGAAGGAGAAUUCAUUGGUCGUCCUAAGGAAGAGACGCCGACUAGAGGCGAGCGAGCUGACGUGACCAAGCCGAAGGACAACCUUCGUCCCGAGGGAGAGUUCCAGAGACCGCAGAAGUCUCCCGUUGGACCAGCGGAGAGGAGAACACCUAUAAGACACGAGGACAACCUUCAUCCCGAAGGAGAAUUCGUUGGAAGACCCAAGGACGACUUCUCUCCGAAACGAGCCGACAGACCGGUUCAGAAGAAGCCCAAAGAUAACUUGAAACCGGAAGGUGAAUUCAUAGGCAAGCCCAAGGACGAUUACAGGCCAACGAAGGGCGAGAGGACCGAGAUAGUGGUGCACAGAGACAACCUGAAGAUGGAAGGUGACAUCGACGUGCGUCGAUCGAGGGACGAUUACAAGACCAUCACCAAGGUCGAGCGUGUCGACGUGGUUCGUCGCGAGGACAACCUGAAGGUCGAGGGCGAAUUCGUGGAUAUUCGUAGACGCGAUGAUUACAGAGUGACUCGCGGAGAACGCAGCGAGAUCAUCAGACACGAGGAUAAUCUCAGACCCGAAGGAGACUUCGAGAGGCCUGAGACGUCCCCGGUUGGUCCGGCUGAGAGAAGGACACCUAUCAAGCACCCUGACAAUCUGAAACCCGAGGGUCAAUUCGCUCAACGUCCCAAAGCUCCAACACCGACCAAGGGCGAGAGGGCUACCGUGAAGAAGCCUAAAGACAACCUGAGACCCGAAGGAGACUUCGAGAGGCCAGAGAAGGCACCAGUUGGUCCUGCCGAGAGGCGCACACCGAUCAAACACCCGGAUAAUCUGCAUCCGGAGGGAGAAUUCAUUGGCAGACCGCGGCAAGACUCGCCUACUAAGGGAGAACGAGCUGACGUGAAGAAACCGAAGGACAACUUGCAUCCCGAAGGUGAAUUCGCUAAAAGGAUACCGCAGAAAGUGGGCCCAGCUGAGAGACGAACUCCGAUUCGUCACGAGGACAAUCUCCACCCAGAAGGAGACUUCUACAUCGUGCCUAAGGACGACUUCGUCCCGAAGAGAGGUGAACGCAUGCCGGUUAGGAAGCCUCAGGACAACCUGAGACCAGAGGGCGAGAUGGAGGUCAGCCCGUCUUCGAAGGACGACUACAGACACGUGAACGGAGAACGAAUGGAAGUCCGUCGUCACGAGGAUCACCUGAGAAUGGAAGGAGAGAUGGACGUUCGUCGAUCAAGAGACGACUACAAGAAGAUUACGAAGGUCGAGAGAGUAAACGUCAGGAAACACGAGGACAAUCUGAAGAUCGAGGGUGAGUUGAUCGACGUGCGUCGCAGAGACGAUUACACGCACGUGAUCGGCGAACGUACUAUGGGCAAGAAGCACCCUGACAACCUCCGUCCCGAAGGAGAGUUUGACCGACCACAGAAGUCCCCGCUAGGUCCCGGUGAGAGACGAUCACCCAUCAAACACCAGGAUAAUCUGAAGCCAGAGGGUGACUUCGAGCGUAGAACCCCAGAGAAGAUGGGUCCGAUCGAGCGUCGAUCUCCCAUUCGUCACAUGGACAACUUGAAACCGGAAGGCGACUUCGUUGGAAGACCUCGCGACGAUUUCGCACCGAAGAGGGGAGAAAGGGUCGACGUGGUGCGCCGAGAGGAUAACUUGAAGAUGAUCGGCGAGUUCCAAGACACCACCUCGCAGAGGUCCACCUACACCGUCGUUCGUGGAGAACGCGCCGAGAUCAAGCGCCACGAGGAUAACCUGAAAGUCAGCACCGGUGCCAUGGAGACUAAAACCACUACCAGAGACAUGUACACACCGACCAAGAAGGAAGACUCCCCGCCUGGUAAGACUGUCAGCCGCAGACAUCACAUGGAGUCUUCGAUUACUCUCGGAGACGACACGUCCGUGAUGUCUACGACUACCCAACGAAACUACAACACCUUCACCAAACGCACUGCCAAGGAAGUAGCCGCGAAGAUAAGCAGCAUGGAGUCUGACACUAGAAAGAGCCUUUCCACGGAGUCAAAGACUCUGGAAAACGGCACGCUGAUUACAACCACGAAGAAGACAGCCGGCGAGAGAAUCUCGUCUGCCCAGAACGUUCAGCAUCAGUCUCAACGCAUGAUAACGGAGCAUCGUGGCAUGCAACCCUCAGAUGGACCAGGUCCCCUGGCAGAGCCUAGAAAGUCACUGACAUCCAGCAGUCAGCAGUACGCGAACGAGCAUCAUCAGAGGACACACUCGAGCGAGAGACACGUGAGGUCUCAAAACGUGAGCCAAAUGCGGCGAGUCAUCGACGACAGGUGUGUCACUGACGCUCAGAAUCACCGGGGUCUGAUGAUCGACGGAAGAUACAGCGAGCAUCAGCAGAAGCAGCAGCUCGAAAGACACCACCAAGACACGAGCAAGCGAGACUACGUGAACACCCAGCACGUGGAAUCCCGGCAGACUGCGACGAAACAGAAGCAACACGAGCAGCACACGAUUUCCAGCCAAGCUCGCUACAACUCUAACCAAUCGAGCAGUGCCGAGUUCAGACAGGCCAUCAGCGGGCAGUCCAUGGAGAGGUCGCAAAUGGACACCGCUGUCACGAAGACCAGUCAUCACAGGAAGAACGUGAUCUCUUCCUCGUCUGCCGACGUGACCAACUCGGUUCUCCACAGACGCGGAACCACCUCAUCCACGGAGGCUCUGCACACCAUCUCGUCCACAGCUGCCGACCAGAAGAAGAGUAUCUCGAACCUGGCUGAGAGCGGCCAGUACAUCAGCAAUUCGAGCCAGAGCAGCGAUCGACGCAGCCUGACGUCUCUGCAUCGCAGCACCAAGGACGGGAACCCUUGGGCAUCCUCGACCUACGAACGUCCACAGAGAAUCGUUCGACAGGACAACUUAACCGUCGGUGGGAAGUUCUAUUCGCACAGCGAGGCCAAGAGCUACGGGAACUUCGCUAGCCAGAAGGUGGAGAGGGUACACAAACAGGCGAAUGUGUCUCACAUCAAUUUAGGGGAUGGAACCACGGUCACCUCGAGUAUGUACAAGAAGGAAUACGCACCCAGACACAAAGGACCCUGUCCAGCGGCGCUGAUCGAGGCUAAACAGGCGCCUUUCAAGCACACCAGAGACACGCCGAAGCACAAGUUCUACAUGCCUGUCGUUUCUAAUUAAAAUCGUCAUAGAUUCCCUCCUCUGCCGUACC